UAUCAAAAGAGGGAGGUGAUUGGAUCAUGGGAGUGGUUUCCCCCAUGCUGUUCUCGCGAUAGCGAGUGAGUUUUCAUGAGAUCUGAUGGCUUUAUAAGGGGCUCUUCCCCGUUUGCUUUCUCUUCCCCCUCCUGCCGCCUUAUGAAGAAGGCGACUGCUUCCACUUCGGCCAUGAUUCUAAGUUUCCUGAGGCCUUACCAGUCAUGCUGAACUAUACUGUUCCUGAGAGCAUCUGCCCCAGUCAACUUCUCAUCCACAGAUAUUAAUCUCAGUCGACCACCAGGUGGCUGCUACACCCCAUGUAAAAAGCAGAAAAUAAAAUGAAGAUUUUCCAGUACAAGAUGCGGUACUGGUUGCUUCCACCUUUUUUGGCAAUUGUUUAUUUCUGCACCAUCGUCCAAGGUCAAGUGGCUCCACCCACAAGGUUAAGAUAUAAUGUAAUAUCUCAUGACAGUAUACAGAUUUCAUGGAAGGCUCCAAGAGGGAAAUUUGGUGGUUACAAACUUCUUGUGACUCCAGCUUCAGGUGGAAAAACUAACCAGCUGAAUCUCCAGAACACUGCAACUAAAGCAAUUAUUCAAGGCCUUAUGCCAGACCAGAAUUACACAGUUCAAAUUAUUGCAUACCAUAAAGAUAAAGAAAGCAAGCCAGCUCAAGGCCAAUUCAGAAUUAAAGAUUUAGAAAAAAGAAAGGAUCCAAAGCCCAGAGUCAAAGUUGUGGACAGAGGAAAUGGGAGUAGACCAUCUUCACCAGAAGAAGUGAAAUUUGUCUGUCAAACUCCAGCAAUUGCUGACAUUGUAAUCCUGGUCGAUGGUUCAUGGAGUAUUGGAAGAUUCAACUUCAGACUGGUUCGGCUUUUCUUGGAAAACCUGGUUACAGCAUUCGAUGUGGGCUCAGAGAAGACACGAAUUGGUCUUGCACAGUAUAGUGGCGACCCCAGAAUAGAAUGGCACUUGAAUGCAUUUAGCACAAAAGAUGAAGUGAUUGAAGCUGUCCGAAACCUCCCAUAUAAAGGAGGAAAUACACUAACAGGUCUUGCUUUGAACUACAUUUUUGAAAAUAGCUUCAAACCAGAAGCAGGAUCAAGGACUGGGGUAUCCAAAAUUGGUAUUUUAAUAACAGAUGGAAAAUCCCAAGAUGACAUCAUUCCACCAUCUAGAAACCUUCGUGAGUCUGGUGUAGAACUGUUUGCCAUAGGGGUGAAAAACGCAGAUGUGAAUGAGCUGCAGGAGAUCGCCUCCGAACCGGACAGCACUCAUGUGUACAAUGUUGCCGAAUUCGAUCUGAUGCACACAGUUGUGGAGAGUCUGACCAGGACUCUCUGCUCUAGAGUGGAAGAACAGGACAGAGAAAUUAAAGCCUCAGCCCAUGCCACCACUGGGCCGCCUACGGAGUUGAUUACUUCUGAAGUCACUGCCAGAAGCUUUAUGGUUAACUGGACUCAUGCCCCAGGAAAUGUGGAAAAAUACAGAGUUGUGUAUUAUCCUACCAGGGGUGGAAAACCAGACGAGGUGGUGGUAGAUGGAAGUGUAUCUUCCACAGUGUUGAAAAACUUGAUGUCUUUAUCUGAAUAUCAGAUAGCAGUCUUUGCAAUCUAUGCCCACACUGCUAGUGAAGGCCUACGGGGAACUGAAACUACACUUGCUUUACCCAUGGCUUCUGACCUUCUACUGUACGAUGUGACUGAGAACAGCAUGCGAGUCAAAUGGGAUGCAGUGCCUGGGGCCUCAGGUUACCUGAUCCUUUAUGCUCCUCUAACAGAGGGCCUGGCUGGGGAUGAAAAAGAGAUGAAAAUUGGAGAGACCCACACGGAUAUUGAAUUGAGUGGGUUGUUGCCCAAUACAGAAUACACAGUCACAGUUUAUGCCAUGUUUGGAGAAGAGGCCAGCGAUCCUGUUACGGGACAAGAAACAACAUUGGCUUUAAGUCCACCAAGAAACCUGAGAAUCUCCAAUGUUGGCUCUAACAGUGCUCGAUUAACCUGGGACCCAACUUCAAGACAGAUCAAUGGUUAUCGAAUUGUAUAUAACAAUGCAGAUGGGACUGAAAUCAAUGAGGUUGAAGUCGAUCCUAUUACUACCUUCCCUCUGAAGGGCUUGACACCUCUCACAGAGUAUACUAUUGCUAUUUUCUCCAUCUAUGAUGAAGGACAGUCAGAGCCUCUGACUGGAAUUUUUACCACCGAGGAAGUUCCAGCCCAGCAAUACUUAGAAAUUGAUGAGGUGACGACAGACAGUUUUAGGGUGACCUGGCAUCCCCUCUCAGCUGAUGAAGGGCUACACAAAUUGAUGUGGAUUCCAGUCUAUGGGGGGAAGACUGAGGAGGUUGUCCUGAAAGAAGAGCAGGACUCACAUGUUAUUGAAGGCCUGGAGCCCGGUACGGAGUAUGAAGUUUCACUAUUGGCCGUGCUUGAUGAUGGAAGCGAGAGUGAGGUGGUGACUGCUGUCGGGACCACACUUGACAGUUUUUGGACAGAACCAGCUACAACCAUAGUGCCUACCACACCCGUGACUUCAGUUUUCCAGACGGGAAUCAGAAACCUAGUUGUAGGUGAUGAAACCACUUCUAGCCUGCGGGUAAAAUGGGACAUUUCUGACAGCGAUGUGCAGCAGUUUAGGGUGACCUACAUGACAGCUCAAGGGGACCCUGAGGAAGAAGUCGUAGGAACGGUUAUGGUGCCUGGAAGCCAAAACAAUCUCCUUCUGAAGCCUCUGCUUCCUGAUACUGAAUACAAAGUCACAGUGACUCCCAUCUACACGGAUGGAGAAGGCGUCAGCGUCUCCGCUCCUGGAAAAACCUUGCCAUCCUCGGGGCCCCAGAACUUGCGGGUGUCCGAGGAAUGGUAUAACCGGUUGCGCAUUACGUGGGACCCCCCAUCUUCCCCGGUGAAAGGCUAUAGAAUUGUCUACAAACCUGUCAGUGUUCCUGGUCCAACACUGGAAACGUUUGUGGGAGCUGACAUUAACACCAUUCUUAUCACAAACCUCCUCAGCGGAAUGGACUACAAUGUGAAGAUAUUUGCCUCCCAGGCCUCAGGCGUCAGCGAUGCCCUGACAGGCAUGGUGAAAACAUUGUUCUUGGGUGUUACCAAUCUCCAAGCCAAACACAUUGAAAUGACCAGCUUGUGUGCCCACUGGCAGGUGCAUCGCCAUGCCACAGCCUAUAGGGUUGUUAUAGAAUCUCUCCAGGAUAGGCAAAAGCAAGAAUCCACUGUGGGUGGAGGGACAACCAGGCAUUGCUUCUAUGGACUUCAGCCUGAUUCUGAAUAUAAAAUCAGUGUUUAUACAAAGCUGCAGGAGAUUGAAGGACCUAGUGUGAGCAUAAUGGAAAAAACACAAUCACUUCCUACACGACCACCAACUUUUCCUCCAACCAUUCCACCAGCAAAAGAAGUAUGUAAGGCGGCCAAGGCUGACCUGGUAUUUAUGGUGGAUGGAUCCUGGAGCAUUGGAGAUGACAAUUUCAAUAAGAUCAUCAGCUUUCUAUAUAGCACUGUUGGAGCCCUGAACAAGAUUGGCACAGAUGGAACCCAAGUUGCAAUGGUUCAGUUCACUGAUGACCCCAGAACAGAAUUUAAACUAAAUGCUUACAAAACCAAAGAGACUCUUCUUGAUGCAAUUAAACACAUUUCAUACAAAGGAGGAAAUACCAAAACAGGAAAAGCAAUUAAGUAUGUUCGAGAUACCUUGUUCACUGCAGAGUCAGGUACAAGAAGGGGCAUCCCAAAGGUUAUUGUGGUUAUAACUGAUGGAAGAUCACAAGAUGAUGUGAACAAAAUCUCCAGGGAGAUGCAAUUAGAUGGCUAUAGCAUUUUUGCAAUUGGUGUGGCUGAUGCAGAUUACUCGGAGUUGGUUAGCAUUGGCAGUAAGCCCAGCGCACGCCAUGUCUUCUUUGUGGAUGACUUUGACGCCUUUAAGAAAAUCGAAGAUGAGUUAAUUACUUUUGUCUGCGAAACCGCAUCAGCAACCUGUCCAAUGGUACACAAGGAUGGCAUUGAUCUUGCAGGAUUUAAGAUGAUGGAAAUGUUUGGUUUGGUUGAAAAAGAUUUUUCAUCAGUGGAAGGGGUUUCUAUGGAGCCUGGUACCUUCAAUGUAUUUCCAUGUUACCAGCUCCAUAAAGAUGCCCUGGUUUCCCAGCCAACCAGGUACUUGCACCCAGAAGGAUUGCCCUCCGACUACACAAUCAGUUUUCUAUUCCGGAUUCUUCCUGACACUCCACAGGAGCCAUUUGCUCUUUGGGAGAUUUUAAAUAAAAAUUCUGACCCAUUGGUUGGGGUUAUUUUAGACAAUGGUGGGAAAACUCUAACAUAUUUCAACUAUGACCAGAGUGGGGAUUUUCAAACUGUUACUUUCGAAGGACCUGAAAUUAGGAAAAUUUUUUAUGGAAGCUUUCACAAGCUACACAUUGUUGUCAGUGAGACUUUGGUCAAAGUGGUUAUUGACUGCAAGCAAGUGGGUGAGAAGGCAAUGAACGCAUCGGCUAAUAUCACAUCAGAUGGUGUAGAAGUACUGGGGAAAAUGGUUCGAUCAAGAGGACCAGAUGGAAACUCUGCACCGUUCCAGUUACAGAUGUUUGAUAUUGUUUGCUCCACAUCAUGGGCCAAUACAGACAAAUGCUGUGAACUUCCAGGCCUGAGAGAUGAUGAGUCUUGCCCAGACCUUCCCCAUUCCUGCUCCUGUUCUGAAACCAAUGAAGUAGCUCUGGGACCAGCGGGCCCACCAGGUGGUCCGGGACUCCGAGGACCAAAGGGCCAGCAAGGUGAACCGGGUCCAAAGGGACCAGAUGGCCCUCGGGGUGAAAUUGGUCUGCCAGGACCUCAGGGUCCACCUGGACCCCAAGGACCAAGUGGUCUGUCCAUUCAAGGAAUGCCCGGAAUGCCAGGAGAAAAAGGAGAGAAAGGAGAUACUGGCCUUCCAGGUCCACAGGGUAUCCCAGGAGGCAUUGGUUCACCAGGACGUGAUGGCUCACCAGGCCAGAGGGGCCUUCCAGGAAAGGAUGGAUCCUCGGGACCUCCAGGACCACCAGGGCCAAUAGGCAUUCCUGGUGCCCCUGGAGUCCCAGGGAUCACAGGAAGCAUGGGACCGCAAGGCGCCCUGGGACCACCCGGUGUCCCUGGAGCAAAGGGGGAACGAGGAGAGCGGGGUGACCUGCAGUCUCAAGCCAUGGUGAGAUCAGUGGCACGUCAAGUAUGCGAACAGCUCAUCCAGAGUCACAUGGCCAGGUACACUGCCAUCCUCAAUCAGAUUCCCAGCCACUCCUCAUCCAUCCGGACUGUCCAAGGGCCUCCUGGUGAGCCUGGGAGGCCAGGCUCCCCAGGAGCCCCUGGUGAACAAGGACCCCCAGGCACACCAGGCUUCCCCGGAAAUGCAGGCGUGCCAGGGACCCCAGGAGAGCGAGGUCUAACUGGUAUCAAGGGAGAAAAAGGAAAUCCAGGCGUUGGAACCCAAGGUCCAAGAGGCCCCCCUGGACCAGCAGGACCUUCAGGGGAGAGUCGGCCUGGCAGCCCUGGGCCCCCUGGCUCUCCUGGACCAAGAGGCCCACCAGGUCAUCUGGGGGUUCCUGGACCCCAAGGUCCUUCUGGCCAGCCCGGAUAUUGUGACCCCUCGUCAUGUUCUGCCUAUGGUGUGAGAGCUUCCCAUCCAGAUCAGCCAGAGUUCACCCCUGUCCAAGAUGAGCUGGAAGCCAUGGAACUGUGGGGCCCUGGAGUCUGAUAGCCUCAGGAGAAAUUUGAAGACCAACUGCAAGAACUCUUAAGGAAUCUUGUUUGAGAAAAUGUUGUCAUGUGGUUUGUAUGCUACUUUUUGGUGGGGGGGGGCGCUCAUUUCAGUGGCCUAAAUCUCCUCCUUGGAUAAUGUUAAUAUUAUUGUUAUUAUUAACAAAAAAUAUAUAUUUUUUAAAAGUUCCCUUAAUCUAUGACAUGGUAGCAAUGAUUUCCCUUUGGUGUUUUAAUGGCAUGUCAGAUAAUUUGUUUUUCCAGAGAAGAGAGCUCAAAGAGGAAUUGGGAAAAAUAAAUUGAACUCUGGAAUCUUCUCUCUCAAGUCCUAAAAUGAACAAACAGGUAUUAUUGUGUUUGAGGGAAAUAUGUCCCCAGCAGGAAAAGAAUGCAAAGAGGUUCAAAGAAUAUGUCACUUACUCCUACUUGCUAUAGGAAUAACCUUGCUGAUAAGAAAAAAAGGGACAUUAUUGGAGAAACUACCUCUUGUUUAAUUGAUCUAUCCAACUCUGAGAUCACUUGGUAACUGGUUUCAUGUGUAUGCAAAAAUCAGCAUUUGGAUUUAACCUUUCUGAAUUUGGUAGUUUAAGAAACAGAUUUAGUUUUUCAGUGGUUUUAACUCAUGUGAAAUAAUGACUUUCCAACAGCUCUGAUGCAAAGAGAUAUAAUUUUAAUGAACGAUUUAUCCAGCAGUGUGUUCCAGGGAUUGCCUCUCCUUAUCUACAGGGAUUACUUUGUACAUGCAGAUAAGUUUUCACAAACCUAUUUCCAUUUUCUUUUGUAAGCAAAUAAAACUUUAAAACAAUG